UUCCUUAAGGGAGAAAAGUUUUGGCAGAAUGCAAAUUUAGAUCCCUGUACAAUUACUUUUUGUUAAGAUUGAGUCACUAUACUAAAAGAUGUCUAAUUUUCAUCCUGAACAUCUACUUUAAGUCCUUCUGUCAAACUUUUAAUUUUUUGUGUCAUUAUUGCAUAUCUUAUGAUUCUGGGUUUUGUGUUGUGAGGUAAUUCAAGAUGUGGGCUAUUUAUGAUUUUUCAAGAUUUUGGUAAAUCUUAUUCUUAAGUUUAUACAGAAGCUAAGUGGUUGAUCUAUAUUAAUAAGCUUUUAUCUGGUUGAUUAUGGAGUUCUUAUAAGUUCUCUAGAUAUCCCUUUUGAUUGAUCAUAGAAAAUGUUAAUACUUGCAGUUCUCAAGAACUAUUUUCCAAAUAAAGCCUGAAUAUUGCAAAGGAAGUGUCUAUUGAACCAUGGAUUGUGUGGGAAUCGAUCGACGAUUGGAGAAGUUAACCUCAUAUUUAAGCAUAUGGGAGCUGAACAAUGUCAAAAUUUUAGGCAUUUGUGGAAUGGGCGGAAUAAGGAAAACUACGCUAGCUAGCGUGCUCUACGGGAAAAUGUAUCCUGAAUUUGAAGGCGGCGUCUUUCUUUCAGAUGUUAGAACAGAAUCUAGAAAACAUGGUUUGCUCUCUUUACAAAAUAGAUUUUUAUCUGCAGCGUAUAUACAAUGUUCAUAGAGGAAUCGGCGAGAUAAGAAAUAGGCUAUGUCGCAAAAGGGUUCUAGUUGUUCUUGAUGAUGUAGAUGAUGUUGAGCAGCUAGAAUGUUUAGUUGGAGAUCGUGAGUAGAAUUGUUAUAACAACUAGAGAUGAACGUUUGGUAACUCAACAUGGAGCUGAUCAAAUUUAUAGAGUUGAUUUGUUGAAUCUUGAUGAAGCUUUUCAACUCUUUUGUUUGAAAGCUUUUAAGAGAAACUCUCAGAAAGAUCAAGAUCAAGAUGUUAUGAAGUUGUCAUAUGAAGUUGUAAACUAUGCCAGUGGCCUGCCCUUGGGGAUAAAUGUUUUGGCUUCUUCCUUGUAUGGAAGAUCUGUGAAGGAGUGGGAAAGUGCAUUGGAGAGAUUAAAAGCAAUUCCCAAUGAGAAAAUUAUGUGCAAGCUUCAAAUUAGCUUUGUUGGAUUGGAGGAAAUACAGAAGAAGAUUUUCUUAGAUAUUGCAUGUUUCAUUGUAGGUAAAAAGAAAGAUUAUGUGAUCAAAGUGUUAGGAAGUUGUGGAUUAUCCUGAUAUUGGACUAAAAGAAUUGGUAGAAAAAGCUCUUAUAACUAUUUCAAAUGGCCAAGUCUGGAUGCAUGAUUUGCUUCAAGAAUUGGGACAAGAUAUCGUAAAUCGAGAAUCUCGUAAAGAGGCAGGACAGCGUAGCAGGAUAUGGCUUUAUGAGGAUUUCAAUCACAUUCUGAUGAAUGAUACUGGAUCAGAACAAAUUGAAGGCGUAGUUCUGGAUUUAGUUGAUCGAGGAGAGGGAUACUUGAGCAGCGUUAAAGGUUUCGUGAAGAUGAAAUAUGUGAGAGUGCUCAUACUCCGGUAUGUUCAAUUUCUUCAUGACCUUGAGUAUCUUUCUAAUGAAUUAAAGUAUUUAGAAUGGUACGAAUAUCCUUUCAAAUCCCCGCCGUCAACUUUUCAACCAAACAAACUUGUUGAGCUGCACAUGCGCUGUAGCAGAAUUGAACGGUUGUGGAAGGCAGUAAAGCCAGUGAAAUCGCUGAAGAACAUUGAUCUUAGUUACUCCAGAAAUCUAAUCAAGACCCUUGAUUUCACAGAGGUUCCAAAUCUCGAGGAGUUGAAUCUCCAAGGUUGUACAAAACUAUGUGAAGUGCAUCAUUCCAUAGGAGUUUUGAAAAGAUUGGUUUCGUUGAACCUGAAAGACUGUAAAACCCUUAUGUGUCUCCCAAGUACCACAUGUAAUCUGAAGUCUCUGAAAAUUUUGAUUUUGAGUGGCUGCUUGAAACUCACUAAACUUCCGGAAAGGUUAGGAGAUAUGACGAGUUUGGAGGUAUUUGAUGCAGCUGGAGUUGGUACAGAAGAACUGCCAUUAGUUGAAACAGGGGAUUGUAUGCACAGGUAUCAGCUGGCUUCUAUGCUGCCUUGUCUGACAACUUUACCAUUUUUAAGGAAACUGAAUUUGAGUGGUUGCAAUCUUCCAGAAGGCGCGAUUCCAAAUGAUCUGACCAGCUUUCCGCUGUUGAAAAGUCUAGAUUUAAGUGGGAAUGACUUUUUGAGCAUACCGUCAAGCAUCUGCCAACUUUCUCGGCUGACAUAUCUUAGCAUUUCUAAGUGCAAGAGGCUACAGUAUUUGCCAGAUCUUCCAUCGAGUAUUGAACAUCUAAGCCUGGAAAGGUGCAUUUCACUAAAAGCACUUCCAAAUCUAUCUCAACUAUCUGGAGUUACAUAUCUCUAUUUUGAAAAUUGCAAGAGUCUUCAGUCAUUGCCCGAUCUUCCAUUAAGGAUUGAACAUUUAGACAUGAGAAAUUGCACUUCAUUGCAAACUCUUCCAAAUCUUGUUCAACUUUCUGCACUUAAAUAUCUCGAGUUUUUGAACUGUACAAAUCUCAAGUUGUUGCCAGAUCUUUCAUCUAGCAUUGAACAUAUCGAUGUAGAAAAUUGCACUUUAUUGCAGACUCUUCCUAAUCUGUUUGAGAAACAGAAUCUGGAUAAGAGAUUUUAUAUAGGGUUUUUGAAUUGCUCUGGACUGAAUGGUUGUGAAGGCAAGUUCAGUAUGGCAUUGACAUGGCUGAAAAGCUACUUGCUUUGGAUACAAGAAGUUCGGCAACUAUGCGAGAGACAGAAAAACUACUUUCAGGACGAGUUAGGAAGAGUGUUGGGUGUGAAAUUGAUUAAGCGCCGGUUUCAGCGUCCUGAUUUCUAUUUUUUCUUACCUGGAAGUAAAAUUCCUGAUUGGUUCAAUCAUAAGGGCAGAAAACACUUGACUUCCUGGCAUCUUCACGACAAGCUCUUGGAAUAAUAUACUGGGCUUUUUUGUUUGUGUCAUUCUCGACAAAAGAGGUGGUAAUAAACUACACUGGAGAAUUUCUGGCCAAUCUGAGGGGAUACCAUUGCCACAUCCCGUCGGCCAGUGGGAAGGUACGGUCCCAAUUCCUGGAGCUUCAGUGCUUAUAUUGAAACACCUCAGUUUCUUUUUUGUUGCCAACGAGAUAUUAGAUGCAUCUACGGUAUGCAUGCUGCAUGGCAUAAAGUUAUUUUUGGAGGGAAAUGGAAUCGAGAGGUUCAGGAUCAGGCUGGUAGUAAAUGAAGAUGUAGAGGAGUUGAUUCAAUCACAGCUGCUUUUCGGUAGAAUUAAUGGAAACUCUGCUGCAUAUGCUUCUGUUCGCAACACUCGGUCAAGGACAAGCCAUCAUCUUCGACUCAUGGGAGCAAACGGAAAAGAAAAGCUACAUCAGACUGAGGCCGGGAACACUAACAUCUAGUUACAACCGUUACUGAUACGUUUCCAUUAUAAACGCGAUUUAAUUCCAUACUACCAGUGAAAUAUAUUGCAAUCGUGUAAAGGAAUGAAGAUGGCCGAGAAGAAUGAAACAAGUAGAUCUUCUGUCUGUUUUUAUUUGUAUUGUGGCAUUGUGUAUAAUAACAUAUUACUGUUAUUUCAUAAUGUUCAAUUUAAUCCAAUUUCUUUGCUGAGAAGUUUACAA